AUGACUCUUCUGCUCCUUGAGGGGGAGUCUCAGUAUAAGAAUGGUAGCGAGCGCGACUAUUGUCUAUUCAAAUGCCUCAGAGGAAUUGCCCAUGGAGCAGUGCAAGCUGCACAAGCUGCCUUUGAAAGUGACUGGCGCUGGCGCAGCCCUACGGAGCGAAGUACGCUGCUCUUCGCAUGUGCCGACGCUCUGAGCUCUCACAAGGAGGAACUUGCCGAGAUUCUAUGCCUGGAGAACGGCAAACCCUGCAUCGACGCACUCCAAUUUGACGUGACCUUCCUUAUCGGCGUCUUUAAAUACUUCGCCAGUCUAGUCGACAAACUACCCGGCGAGCACUAUGAUCAAGGACCCACCUGCGCGUCCGUAUACUACGAGCCGCUCGGCGUUUGUGCGGGCAUCGUUCCCUUCAACUGGCCGCCGAUCCACACCGGCGGCAAAACGGCGCCGGCUCUGACUGCUGGGAAUACCCUUGUCUUGAAGCCAGCAGAGCAGGCACCUCUGACAUUGAUGCGUAUUGUCGAUAUCAUCUCCGAAGUCCUGCCCAAAGAUGUCGUGCAGGUCGUACCAGGUCUGGGCACUGCCGUACCUCAGGCCCGUAUCAACCACCCUCUUGUCAAGAUGGUCUCCUUUACAGGGAGCUCGCCUGCGGGUGCCAAGGUAGCAGAGGCAGCAGGCAAAGGCAUUAAGCCCUUAGUUCUUGAGCCCGGAGGCAAAAACGCCUUCGUCGUCUUUGACGAUGUCGAUCUCGACAAAGUCGUGCCCAUGGCGCUGGAAGGUGCAUUUUUGAACAAAGGAGAAGCAUGCACGGCUUCCUCGCGAUUCCUUGUUCAGCGCAGAGCCUACGAUGAGUUUUGCUCGCGCCUUGCUGCCGCAGUGAGGAAAGUGAAGUGCGGCAAUGGCAUGGAUCCCUCAGCGCAUGUCGGGCCGGUGGUUUCCAAGGAGCAGAAAGAACGUUCAGAGCUUCCAGCCGAUCCCAACUGCAGGAAUGGGUACUUUGUUCCCCCGACGCUGAUCACGGAUGUCUCACGAGGCCACGUUCUGGUCAAGGACGAGAUCUUCGGUCCGGUGGCAACUGUGACGCCAUUUGAUACGGAAGAAGAGGCAGUUUCCAUCGUCAACGAGUCGGAAUAUGGAUUGACAUGCGCUAUCUUCAGUAAAGACCACGAGACAUGUCUUCGGGUCUCCCGAAAAGUUGAUGUUGGUAUGGUUUUUAUCAACAACUACUAUAGAAACGAGUUGGGUCAACCAUUUGGAGGAACCAAGAGCACAGGAUUUGGCCGAGAACACUGCAUCGAGACCCUGAGAUCGUGGGCGCAGCCGAAGGUCGUCAAGCAGCCUUUGGGACUAGGUUCCCUGCCUGGUUGGAGGGCACUCAAGGAUGUGUUCUAG